GACCUCAACUUGCACUAGCAGUGUCAAGUGACACGGUCUCAGAUAUGACCUCACGAACAGACGACCGCAGGCAGAAACUAGCCUGUCCCAGGCACGAGGAGACACCACUUCUGAUGAGCGAGACUUCUCAAUCUGAACCGGCAAGCGGUACUCGCUUGCUGCAAGGGCCUAGCACAUCUCAGGAGAGUCCUGCUUCGCGAUCUGUUCACAAACAAUCCGAAACAGACAGGGCGCUGAAGCUAGAUGAAUUGGGACCCAUAGUGGUCAACCAUGAUGGGACGCUGUCCCGCAUUGCGAACUGGGCGACGAUGACGGAAGAGGAGAAGAGACGUACGAUGCGAGUCGUAGCAGCCAGAAAUAAGACUCGCCUUGCGAAACAGGACCCCACGGUGGGAAGUGGGGGUCCAGACGAAUAUUAGAUUUGUUGGAGAAGAUCGUAAUGGACACGUUCCGUGGUGUGAUGGCUGCAUAUUGGGCCUUCUGUUCCAGAUUCAUUUCUCGUGCUGUGGGCUAGAGUACUUCCUGACUGGAUGAAUGCAGUGGCAUGUGGAGGAACAAUGAAUCCAUUGUUGGUGUGAUGGCUAGU